AUGGGUAAAUGUUGUGUGGAAGGCUGCCAAGAUACACUGGAAGACAUCGUUUACUUUGAAUUCCCUGCCAGUCGUAGUCUUCGUCGCAAAUGGCUGGAUGUGAUAAACAUAGGUAACAAAGUGCCGACAGGGACCGUGGUCUGCAGUCAGCACUUCCACCGCGAGGAGUAUGAGAUCGUGAGGGGGAAGGUGCGGCUCAAGAGGAAGGUGGUACCCACACUUCUGUUGCAGAAGAAAUCUCCAGAACCACAACCUACAGAAAAAAUAUGUGACGACAAAAAUGACAACUCAAAGUUGCCAGAAGAAAAAAUAGUAGAAAAUCAAGAUCCACCUCAACCAGAUUCUACCACGGAUAAUAUGGUUGAAGAUGGGGAUACAGAAAGUGGAGAAACGUUCAAAGACUUAAAAAAUGGGUCGAAACAAGAGAGUGGAGAACCGAUAGAGAUACCUAAAGUCGUUAACAGGAAUGGGGCAAUAUCUUUAAGAAAUUCUAUUGAUAGAUCUUCUCCCCAACCAGACUCAAUACACCCACCCGACUUUGAAGAGAUGAUCACAAAUUAUCAGAUCAAGAACAGCAAACCGCACAGUCUCCUGCCACAAGAUAUAGAGAUAGAAGUGCCUGCGAGCAGGAGAGACGACGCCAUUGUGGUGGACGACAGGGGAGACGCCCCCCCCGUGUUCAUCGAGAUUGCUGUUGACAAAGACACUAACGCGCCUGCCGCUGGCAACGAGGACUGUCUGAUGGUGCUGGAGAGCGUGCAGGUGGACGUGGACCCCAGCAGCCUCAUGCUGCCCGAGCGGGAUUUCGAAGACGAGCCCAACAGGCUGUUUGAACAGGAAAUCAAACCGCCUGAUAAAAGAGACGAUCCAAUAAGCCUCCUGACAUCCAGCGACGAGGAAGACGUCAUAAUCCAAGAACCUCACAUCGACACUGUCGAAGUAUCGGACGAAACGGACGAGGACGACGUGCCCCUGGUCAAAUUAGUGAAAAAAGAACCAUCCAGAAAGAAACAGAAGAAGAAAAAGAAAUCAACCAUAGAAGGGUUAGACAAUAUAGUUUGGAAUGGAGAGUACGAGUUCUAUUGUAUGCAAUGCCAUUUCACCACAUCAGACAACUUAGAAUACCAUCAACAUUUGCAGGAACAUGAAACAGCCCUGCAGAUCUGUUCGGUGUGCAGCUACACUACGGCCAGCAAGAGUCAGUUCAAGAGACACCUCCGGAAGCAUAAAGACGAGAAGAAGUACAGGUGCCAUUUGUGUGAAUACCGUGCAAGACAUAACAUGUCCUUAAUAUACCACGUGCAGUCCCAUGAAGCUGAUAAACAUUAUGUUCAGAAUGUGAAACAAGGGUUUAAGUGUAUGAAAUGUGGGUGUUUCCACUCGGCUCUUAAAGCUGUGGUGCUCAAACAUGUGAGGUCCUGUGGUAGUAACGUUAAGAGGUACUCUUGUGAUAAGUGUGAUUAUGUGACUAAGAGGAAUUCGGAUCUGAAGAGACAUUGGCUCAGAAGACAUCAGGAUACUGUUGUUGAAAUUGAUUCGGAGAGCAGUUAUAAUCCGGAUUAG